AUGCGCGAGGGACGCCAGGUUUUCGUUGCAGCCAAAAACUCCCGACAUCGUAUUGCGGCUCUCUCCCUCUACCGAGCGCUCAUCCGAACUUCACAAAAGAUUGCCAUUCCGCAAGAGCUCAGCAAACAUGCCCGAACCCACCCCGUUGCUCACCUGUUCCUAACUGUCUUGACAAAAGCCCAAACCACAGGAUCUCCCGAGCAUUCCAAAGUACUUGGCAUUCUCGCUGAACGAGCUUCGAAAGCAGACGAAUCUCGAAAAUUAAGAUCAUCUCGAGCAAACCCGAAAACGAGAAACACAACACCCCAUGUCCCACUCUUGCGCCGGGUCGCUGGCCCUGGGGAGCCGCCAGCAUAUGUCCCGAACCCCAGACCUGAGGGGGAGAAGAAGCCAGGACGACCUCCCGUAUUCGCUACAGAUAGUUUCGAUAUCCCAUUCCUACGAUUCACGAAACCACAACCGCCCGUGCUUGGGCAAAUAAUAAGCCGGAGACGUUUCCUGUGGAGGAAGAGGAUAGAUGGAAUGGAGGUGGCAGAAAAAAAGCUCCCUCAGGCUCUACUAGAGGAUGAAUGGGAUUCACUGGUCGAAGACCAGAUAGCACGUGAGACGAAGACACAGCCUCGCGCUCCACAGCGCCGCGAAACCCAUCAAUGGACCGUUUUCGUGUCUAGACUUUGGUAUGAGCUUGCCCUGGAGAAGCUCUGGGAUGACUGGGUGGCCCGAGGCCAUGCAUUCCAUCAGAUCGUGGAGCACGAGCAUGCUGAGCGCUCUGGUCGCGGCAAGGAUUCGCCAGUGAACCCCGUAAGCGUAAUGAAAUCAGAGGCGGACGCCUUGGCCGAGCAGGAAACGAGAUCCGAGAGAUUUGCGGCCAUGCCUGCCUUGGGGGCUUGGCACCGAGCGAGGGAGAAACUUGGGGCGGCCGCCGAGCCGGCGCAAGGAAAUGAGAACGACACGUUUAUCUCACCUGUGUGGGCCGAAAUGAUUGAGUUGCAAGAGUAUCGGCUGAUUAGGUGGAUGGACGGAUUAGAUCAUACUGGCAACAAAACAGCACGCGAGUACAGUGCAUCCAGGGAUAGGGAUACAAUCAGAGCACACAGACGAGGUCCAGCAUGA